AUAAAUCCCAAUUCUUCCCCCCAUCGAUCUUCCUCCACAAAAUCCACCACGUCAGCCUUGGGCUAUAUUAUCACAUGCACUCCCUCCCUCCCAUUCCUCCACCUGCUUCCAACCUGCUCACCUCGCACCCUCCCCUUGGUUCACAGUCGCCAGCUCACUCUCCAUCACAAUCUUCAUCCACUCGUCCACCUUCCGACAGUCCGUCCCUGUCCACCGUGCGAUCUGAUUCUUUCUGUCCUGUCAACUCUUCCACUCCGUCGUCGUCGACCGCAGCCGCUGCAGUGACUACCGCAGGCUCGCACCACGACAUGGCCGCCACGGCCAAUGUUAGCCUCAUGACUCCUGCUCUUCAACAGGCCGCCCAGGACGCGCAGUCGCAACCUGCAGAGCAGCGACAGGAUCUUCCUCGACCUUACAAGUGCCCCAUCUGCUCAAAGGCUUUCCACCGUCUCGAGCACCAGACCCGUCACAUCCGCACCCACACUGGCGAAAAGCCACACGUCUGCCAGUUUCCAGGAUGCACCAAGCGAUUCAGCCGGUCCGACGAGCUCACCCGCCACUCCAGGAUACACAACAAUCCCAAUUCGAGGCGAGGUAAAAGCCAGCAGGCCGCCCAGCAGCAUGCUACCGCCCUCCACGCGGCCGAGGAGGCGGCCAGGAGUGGCCUCUUGGGUAACAUGCCACCUCCACCCAAGACCAUCUCCCGCUCGGCGCCAAACUCUUCGCUGACCUCGCCCAACGUCUCGCCCCCUCACUCGUACGUGCCGUACCUCCAGACUGGCAUCAGCAGCUCACCGUACAACCGCAGCGGUCUGAGCAGCGCCGGAGGCAGUCCCAAUGCACUUCAGCGGCCGCUCGACAACGUCAAUCUUCUCGCGAACGCUGCUUCCGAGCUUGAGCGGGAGCAUCGCUCCUUCCCCAAUCUGCCCCAGCUCAGCCGGACCGCCAACAACCACCAGUACCUCAGCCACCCGUAUCAGGUCCCCUCGAGACUGCCCGGUCUCGCCCAGUACUCCAUCUCCUCUCACUCGCACUCGGGCUCGCAGCCCAUGUCUCGCUCUCACUCUCACGAGCAGGACGACCAGUAUGCCCACCGUAUGACCAAGAAAUCGCGGCCCAGCUCGCCCUUCUCCACAGCGCCCCCUUCGCCCACCUUUUCGCACGACUCGACCUCUCCUACCCCGGAUCACACUCCGCUUGCCACGCCCGCGCAUUCGCCGCGCCUCCGCCCACACGGCUGGAGCGACAUCCAACUCCCGCACCUGCGCAACUUGUCGAUCCAUCCGGCGCCCGCACUUGCGCCACUUGAGCCACAGACGGACCACUCGCCUCCCUACGUGCCUACAGCCCCGUCAGGUAUGCGUCUCUCGGACAUCAUGUCCAAGACCGAGGGCGCGCAGCGCAAGCUACCCGUACCCGCCGUGCCCAAGGUUGCCGUGCAGGACCUCCUCAACGCGCCAAGCGGCUUUUCCUCGGGACAGUCCUCCACCACGGGCUCCGUUGCUGGCAACGAUCUCUCGGAACGUUUGUAAUGAAUCUACUCAGAACAUAACCUGGUUUGGAUCACGCGGAGUUUUCUGGGUCCUGUCGUCUCGUCGGCACCUUUUUUUUUAUCACGCCGGGAAAUGUCAGCGUUUGAUUCUUAAAAAAACGUGUCCUAGCUUUCUGCGCUCUCCCUUUUAACCCCCGGGGCUGGAGCGGCGGAGCUUUCUUUUGUUUUUGGGCCGGGCUUUGGAUUUGGGAACGAAAUAAUAGACAUACGGGUUUUUACUGGGUACUGUGGUGCAAGCCGCUACAUAAUUGCUUUCUCCAAGAUACCUCUUGCAGCUAUAGAAUUCUUUUUCUUUGUCUAGGGUUCUGGUUAAUUUUUCGCGGAGGGAACUUUUCACAACUGUUGCGUUUUCUAGCUCUCAUUCUCCCUCUGUGUGUCGAGAAAGAGCUCUUCACAGUCAUGUAUUCUUACUUUGCUCGCUUCACUGGAUCCUCCCCUGACCUCAUCUGGCGGGCAAACGGAAUCACCAGAUAGCGUACAGCAAUUGCGCUAAUACAAGAGGAAAAUCCACACCACGACCAUCUCAUU